AUGGCAGACGUCGUCAACAUUCAACUAGUUGCCGGAUUAGUUGGGGGAAUUGGGAGUGUCAUUCUUGGAUUCUUGGGCAUCUUUCUAUGUAUCUACUACUUGUAUAACAGAAGAAAAGCAAAAGAGGCAAACAACAUGUACAUUAGUAGUAGUACGAACGCUGGUGCGUCAGUAGAUUUUAGGCCAGGUUGGCCAAAUUCUCAGCCAAUCACAGCUCGGGAUCAGUAUAAGUAUUGGGCCAAUCAUGGACAAGUUAAUGGUGACGUCAAUGAUGUAGACAUCAACCCGGAAACGGGAGAGCCCCUUCCUAUGGUGUACGUCGUCAAUUCAGGAGGUGUCAACAAAAUUUUGGAGGGCCCUCCGGGGGAACUUGCCCCCUGUACCCAACCUCUGUCGGAACUGGUUUACGUCCAGCCACAAUUCGCCUCUCCUCAGACAGAAGCGAUUCCAGAACCGUAUUUUAAACCGGCUGUGGCCUACCAACCUUAUCCCAAAAGCAUGGAUCCCUGUCAGAAUCCAUACUUCCAUGCUUUCAAAACUGAUACUCCAAAGAAUUACCCUCUAAUUACUAGAGCAUGGCUCGAGCCGGAUAUAACUGACCCGACAAUCAUCGGUCAAAUAACUCCAUACGGGGGUCCGCAGCCGGAAGCGGAAACGAAAGCGAAUGACGAUGACGUAGACAAGAUGGUCAUUAUCAAAAAAAUUAAAGAGAGUAGCCCAAUGGUUGUCUCCAUAUCUGACGGGGAAGAUGUGAUGGAGAGAAAGAAGAAGAAGAAAAAGAAGAAGAAAGCUAUGGAGUUCGAAAUAGUUUACGAACCUGAAAUGAAGAAGAAACAUCGUCACCAUCAUCAUCAUCAUGAUACAGACGUCGAUGAUGACGACGACGACGAUGAUGAUGAUGAUGACGGAAAAGGAAAAUUUAAAUGGCCGUAUUUCAAUAGGAUUCGAAAUGAUAACGAUGCCAAGGAGAUGAUCCAGCCAGACAAAGCCCACUACUACUACUACGACGACGACGACGUUGAACCAGGCAAGCGCAAGAAGGUGAAACGUAAGAAGAGCAACAACAUCAUCAACAACAACACCAACAACAACAUCAACAACAUCAACACCAACAACAACAUCAACAACAACAUCAACAUCAAUAACACCAUUACCAAUAAAAACAGCACCAAUAAAAACAACAACAACAAAUACCAAAACAUAGACAACAACAACAACAGCAACAUAGACAACAAAAAAAACAACAACAACAUAGACAUCAAAAAGAACAACAACAUAAACAUCGAAACCACACCCUCAGUCCUACCUUAG